CGAAAUGCUCACGUUCAGAAAAUAAACACUUUUCGAGCUAGGUACACCUGGCAGUGUAAAAAAAGUCAACAGAUUUACCUCAAAAUUAUUUACAUUAGCACAUAUCUAAUCUUGGCAAUAGGGUUUUAUUGAGCUGACUGAGAUUUGUCUCUAUAAAAGCACAUGAGAAGCACAUUCAGAACGUUUAGUAGACAUCGGUACGCAGAACCUUCCACAUUUUUCAGUGUUAAGAAAAGUUAAAAUGGUUUACAGUGUUGUUGAACAGAAGGCGAAAAUGUUUAGUGCGCGUUAUCGCUGGCAGGCUAUAGCCACCAUGACUGUGCACAUCAUGACCUUGGUACACGGCGUUGGCGUGGGCUGGUUGGCACCAUCGCUGUUUUUUCUGGCCUCAGAUCAAUCGCCGCUGAGCAAACCCAUCAAUAUCGAAGAAAUUUCCUGGGUGGGUUCACUGAUCGGCCUUGGUGCUCUGGCGGGCAAUUUAACAUUUGGUCUGCUGCUGGACCUUAUAGGUCGAAAAUUGUGCAUGUACUUCCUAGCUAUCCCCAAUAUGAUGUAUUGGAUUCUUAUCUAUGUGGCGACGGAUGUAAGUUAUCUAUAUGCAGGUCGAUUUCUAGCCGGCAUUUCAGGCGGCGGCUGCUAUGUAGUAUUACCAAUAUUUGUCGCUGAAAUCUCCGAUACCAACAUACGUGGCUCACUUUCAUCCAUGGUCAUGAUGUAUGUUAGCGUUGGCAUAAUUAUCGGCUAUAUACUCAGCUCCUAUCUCAACUACUAUAUAAUGCCCUGCGUAGCUAUAUUGCUGCCAAUCGCUUAUAUGUUUGCCAUAAUUCGCUUUCCUGAGACGCCGCAGUACUUGCUGCGCAAGGGUCGAAAUGAGCAGGCAAAGAAAUCCUACUGUUUUUAUAAGAAUCUCAAAUUCACUCAACCAAAUAGUGAGUCAGCCAAUGUUGAUACUGAAAAUGAGUUUGCGACUUUCAAAGAACAAGUGCUUAGCGGUGGAGUGCAACAUAAUGUGGGCUGGAAAGAUUUCUCUAAUCGGAUGACCAUGAAGAUUUUCGGCUUGAGCUUUACGCUGGUCAUCUGCAAUCAGCUGUCGGGCAGCUUCGCACUCUUCAACUACACCUCCCACAUAUUUGCAGAACUACAUUGCCAGAUACCCACGAAUAUCUGCAUCAUUACAGUGGGUGCCUCCCAGGUGGUGGGCAUAAUAUGUACCGUCGUUUUGGUGGACCGUGUGGGGCGACGCCGCCUGCUACUGAUAUCCAUGACAGGCAUGGGCCUGGGUGAGCUGAGCAUUGGAUUGCUUGACCAGUUUGCCUCUAAAGAGUUUCUAACCGAAACCAAUUGGCUUGCUCUACUGCUCAUGAGUUUCGUGGCCUUUAUAGCUUCAUUGGGCAUUAUACCAUUGGUAUUUCUCGUUAUUAUUGAACUAUUGCCCGCCAAGAUACGGUCCAUUGGCACCUCCAUUUGCAUGGCCACGUUAAGCAUCUUUAUCUUCGUCUCGCUGAAGAUCUAUCCGCUGAUGAUCUUUGACCAUGGCUUGGCAAUAACCAUGUUUGUAUCUACCAGUGUCUGCUGUAUUGGAUUGAUAAUAUUCGGUCUCUUUCUGCCGGAGACCAAAGGCAAACUGCUGACGAACUAAUUGCCGACGCGUGUAAAAUAUCUGUGUUGCUCUCGAUUAUGAAUUCGCCGACCGGCAUCAAUCCCAGCGACCACGGCAAAUUGUCGCUUUUGUAUGGGCGAAUCGUUGCAUAAGCCGGGAUUACCAUUAUGAGUGUGAGUGAGCGAGUGUUACGAGUACUCGCUUGUCAAGACAGUGAAGUCGAGGCAAAUCAGACAACUGCUAGCCGCAAAUGGGGCUUGAGGAGCAUGGGGCUCAUCCUGAACUCUUGAACUUAAUUCAAUUUCAGCCUUUAGCUAUUGUUGCUCAGCUCACAUUCGCAGUUAUUGUGUGUAGUCUUUAAAUAUUAUUUAAUUUUGCCUGGAGAAAGUCUGAGCGCUGUGCUACGAGCUCGUAGCGUUUGCCAAUCAGUUAGCUAUAGGUACAAAAAUAAUGAAAUUACGAAGGCUUAAAGCCUAAUAUUAUUCAUAGAAAAUAUUUAUUUUCCGAAAUAAAAUCAUGGGACACCCAAACUUUACAU